CUGAGAAAUUGUCAACAUAUUCCUUCUCAUAAACACCAAUUUUCCAGAUAUGUGUCGAAAGGCCUUGGUCGGGAAUUACCGGAGGAUUGGCUCGUCCAAGUAGCAGAGGCGGAGGAAUUUGAGGCACAAACUCGCGGUCCACUCACGAUCUUAUUUGUAAGGCUCUCGAAUACGAAUUCGUUCAAGAGACCUCCCAUCCCACAUACGGAUGUGAAAGGGGAAGAGGGGCGCCAAGAAAGCUACUCCACAGUGCUCUCAACUGGAGCCACCCCUGCAGAUGCUGAUCUCAUCAAAUUGAGGAAAGAUCGUUAUCCUUUGCAGCAUGCGGAAACGCUUUCUGUUACUUCUAAAGCUCUCGAACCGAAAUGUGAUGUCAUAGUCGUUGCAUUCGAAUCCUCUAAAGACCUGCAUAUUCGAGCGACAGCAGAUGAUCCUAUUUUUGAAUCGCUCAAGGCCGAUAUGAGGAAAUUCUAUGCUGACAACCCUAGUGAUAGAAGAGUCCAGAUCUAUGUCAGUCAGUUCACUCUUUUUGGCAUAUUUUGA